UACCCAAAUGUCUUUAAUGCACUAUUUAUUAGGCUAUUUAUAGUAAAGUAAUAGUUGGUUUUCCCGAUAUUUUGUAAACAGUUGUAAUGAGAUGGGGCAAAAUGUUAGACUUUGAACAAUGUAACGAAACGUAACGUAACGUAAAUAGGUCAACACUGCUGGACUGUGAAAUUUGUAGGUUUUAGCUACUGGGAACUACAUUAGGGUUGGAAACACAUUGAUGAACAUUUACAGACGCUUCUCACAGACCCACUUAAUUUUGAAAUACAAGAGAUAAUGCUUAGCGCCGGGGCUAUGCCUCGGACACCGCUGGGAGAGAUCUGACCCCAAGCUGACAAAGGAAGGUUGUCUACUGUCGUUCCUAUUUUGGGCACAAAAGAAGUGCGCAAAAAUGUAGAGACUGUAUUUAUAAAGAUUGAUUACAUCCAAGUAAAAACAUGCAACUUGUAAUGUCACAAACUUGAACAGAAUGACGAAAAACUACGAAGAAAUCAUACUUGAAGUAUGUGGUGAAGAUGAGUAUAAAGAAAGUUUAGAGGCUUGCAAACACAAACAAUGCCAUGCCAAGUAUGUACCACUCAACAAUUUCGCAUACAACGAUCACCCGUUUCGGCAUGAAAGGAUCACGGAAGUGGCUCGACAUUAUCUGCCCCACGUCUACAACAGAAAGGAUGUGUUCGACAUCGUCCACGUCCUUUACCCGCUUGUGGUCAAGGUGCAGGCCUCUGGAAAGUUAUGUGAGUCCGCCAGCGGGAGAGUGGUACACGUCGAGAAUAGCAGCAUUUCUCAUCGAGUCGGUUCUACCGGGCAAGACGGGGCUGUACUCGUGAUGACAGCUUGGCAUAUUGGUAAAUACUGUCGCAAUAAAGAGAUCCAACUGACCUGCAUUCUAGACUAUAACGACCUCAACAAUGUCGGAAAGACCAUGAAUGUCGUAAACAUAUAUCACUAUGACGAAGAAAGCGAUGUUUGUGUUCUUGAGUGUCAAGCCCCGGAUGCGAACACAGCAGAUGUUUUAACGAAACGAGUCGCUGCUUUUGACAGUCUUUAUUAUAAACUUUACGACCGAAUGAAGCAAAAGAAGAAGACAUUCCACCGGUGGCAAACAUCAGAAUGGACUCUGAGUACUUUGGUAAUCAUUAUUUCGCACCCUCAUGGGGGCCCCAAACUGAUAUCUGUAGGAGAGAGGGUCAAGAGGGAUCCUUUUGGCAAGAAACCUGUCACAAGUGAUCUGCUUUACAACUACACAGCCCACACUUGUUUAGGGUGUAGUGGAGCCCCUGUCUUGGUGUUCGGGGCCCCCACACACAGCGCUGUAUUUAUACACAGGGGAAAAUUAAAGGUUGAUGGUACAAACUGCUCCUCCAAAGCUUGUAGGUUGAAAAAGGACAAACAUGGUUAUUGUUCUUGCAAAGGCUGGACAUCAUACAGUUAAUGCCUUGUAUUAAAAAUCCUGUUUUUAGUUCAA